AUGUCGAGAAAUCUAAUGAUAACAAAACAUCGAGAAAACGCUGUGAUCUAUAGUGGAGAUUCAAUUGAGCUGAAGCAGAAAUCGGAGGAGUUCCUCAAGAGACUACAUUUGCCAAUUGGUUUACUCCCAUUGGACAAUAUGGAAGAAUUGGGAUUCAACGAAGCCACUAGUUUCAUUUGGAUGAGGCAGAAACGGUCAAUGGACCACAAGUUCAAGAAGAUUGGACAACUCGUUCGAUUCGACAUCGAAAUCACCGCCUUCGUGGAGGAGCGACGAAUGUGGGCAGUAACCGGAGUUAAGGGAAGGGAGCUAAUGAUAUGGAUUCCCGUAAACGAGAUACAUAUGGAAAAUCGACCCGAUCCGAAGAAGAUUGUUUUUUGUACACCUACGGGAAUAUCAAAGACGUUUCCAAUAUCUGCCUUUCAAGAUGAUCGUAUCCACCCUAAUGAAUAA